UAGGAACUAUGCAUCUGUUUUCCCAGUGAGUUAAAGAAAAAAAUCAAGGAAGACGGGAAGCAGGUCGAGGGACCGGCAUAAGAGACAGCCUGAACAGCCUCGAGAGCAGUGAAGUGUGCUGUUUGUCUGACAUAUUUUAGACCACAUGGUGAUAACCUCUGCUCUGACAGACAAAGGUCAAUCAGGUAUGAAACACAUUUCAGAUAAAAGAACCAGUUACGCAAUGGUCCAGUAGUCCAGAAAAAGCACAUUUAUGUAGCUGAAAAGUAUGUAGCACACACUAUCACGGGGUAUGAAGGGUUCAAAAUAAUUUUGCUACCCCUAAAAAAUGUAAAUGAGACGUACAGUGCUAUCAUGGUGACUAUGUCUCCAUAGGUUUCCUAGCUUGUCUUUUUGUGACAUAUGAAUAAAGUUAUGGCUAUACCAAUAAAACAUUCAUUCAAGGACGAUAAAGAAAAGAUGUACAGCAUAUUCAUUUGAACCGUAAAUAAAUUACUUUUGUUCAAGAUUACAACCCCAGACUGUGUCAUUCUGUGUGUUAUUCUUCUGUAUAAUUUAAGUAGCCUAUGUCAAAUGUUAAAGCUCACACCUCCACCAGGCUGUAAUAACUCAAAAAUAUAAACAUAAAUGCAGUGGCAGUGCAGCCCAAGUUAUAUCACAGCUCUAGUUUGCUUUAUAUAACUUAAUCACCAUUUGAGUCAUAAAGUCUGAUGAUAAUAUGAAAUGAUCCUUCAGCUUUCAGAACAACAGAGUGUUUUUAAUGGCCAUACUGUAAGAAGACACGCAGACUUUACUCUGAAGCCACAACACAAAUACAAGUCUUUGUCUUUGAGGCGAACUCCUGCCGACCAUUGUUGGCAGCUUAAGGUCACUGUCCCGUCUUACAACCACAGUGUCAUUGUAAUGUGGAGCAGCAUGGCCGGCUGUAAUGAAAAAAGACAGGUGGAGCCACCUGUACUUGCUCAAAGGUAAACAGAGAGUAAGAGUAAUUGCAUUUCUAUCUGGACUGUUUACACAGGAUCAAUGACGGAUAAGCUGCAAAAAACUUAGCGUGAUUAAUAAGACAAUGUCUUCUUACAGACAAUUGUGGACCCGUGGUGUUGUCUUGCGAUGUUCCUGAAUGGACUAUGUGUGAUUCAACGUCACAGACAGGACUAUUUAAGUAUCAAGUCAGGCCGAUACCUAGAGAAAGCGGAUGAUAAAAAAAGCUAGCACUGUGAUAGCCUCAUUGCUGCAAGGAAGCAGUCAAAAAAAUGUUGAGUUUUUGCACCAGCAGCGUGUGGAAGGCAGUACUCUUACUGAUUCUUCAAACAACAGGGUGUUGGCAUGCUGAAACUACCUGCAAAACCCGCAGAUGUCUGGCUGAAAUGUUGAUCAAGAGAGGCUACUCAUCUCAGCCACAGAGUGAAAACUGCUCCCUUGUUAUUGAAGUGCCUUUCCUUGAGUACCAGACUCUGUCAGUUGACACUAAGGAACUCAUGCUGAUAAGUCAAAUUCGAGCUGAUCUUAUGUGGAUGGAUGAAGAGUUGGCGUGGAACCGAUCUGAUUACCCGUUUGAUAAAGUCACCCUUCCAGUAAAAAAUGUCUGGACUCCAGAGAUCCUUGUAACAAAUGGAAUAUCAACCACCAUGAAGCACAGCUCCAGUGAUCUGUUGUUACUCCAGAACGGCACAGUGAUGCACUCUGUCAUUAUAAACGCCGAGGUCAACUGCGAAAUCAACUUGUUCAACUUCCCCUUCGCUGGUGAUAGUUGCCCUGUUGCCAUCCAAACCUGGAACGAUGACGGAUGUGGUACAAAACUGAACUUCCACUCAAGAUUGAAGAUGGUUGAUGGUAGCCAUGGAGAUUGGCAAACAGAUGACAUAUCCCUCCUACAACAAGGAGAUAGAGAUGACCGCUAUUACAUCAUGGUUCAGUUAUCAGUCAAAUAUCUCAACCCAUUCAUAACUUUAAUGCUGCCUAGUAUUCUCCUCGUCUUAGCUGAUGUGGUCAGCUUCGCUCUGCCACUGGGAGGCGGAGAACGCUGUUCUUUCAAGGUCACUCUGGUUCUCAGCUUCACCAUGUUCCUUAUCAUCCUCAACAAUGAGCUCCCUGGAGACAGCACGUGCGGCCCAAUCAUCAGAACCCACUUCUGUAUUUGUCUAGUCCUCUUGGUGUUGAGCAUGUUGGUGUCUAUGGUGCUGACAGGGUUCGCCAACAAUGGUAGUCUUAUUUUUUCCUGCUGGCCCAAAAAAGAUUCAAGGCAAGAAAACACAGGAAACAAGGCAGAAACCGAGGAUGAAGAAGUCAAAGCUGACAUUAGCGUGAUCAAGCUGAAUGCCUCUGAGGGAGACAGUGGAAUGCUCAAGCCGUUGGUCGACUUUGUGGAAGAACUCAAAGCACAGAAGGCGGAGAGUGAGCAGUAUCAGAAGAUUGCCGAAAAAGCGGACAAGAUAUUUUUCUGGUUCUAUUUGUUUUUUGGCACCACGUAUUUUAUUGCCAUGUUUUGUGUGAUAACUUUGUACAAAUGUACUGUCAAUCACUUUGAAUUCUGGUACUGAUAGAACAAGCUGAAUGUGAAUUAAUGCAUGCCAAAACUUUCUUGAAAUACUAUAAUAAUACUUUCAUUAGACUUCACAUAUUUGAAAUUCCAAUGCAAAGAUAAGAAGACUGAUACACAUUACACCAUACACUUUUUACAUUUGAUUGACUUCAAAUUCACUUGUAUAUGCCUAAUAUAGUGUGCCGAUUUGUUUGUCUCUGAUGUCAGAUAAGGUUGUGUUAGCCUUUCUCUGGUCAAACAAAUAAAAUAAAUGUAGUUUUCACUCUUAAUUUAAUGUUAUCCCUAAUUGAACCCUAUCAACCUAAAUUAAACCUCUGAGUCAAAAUGUUUGGCAGUGAUUAUCAUGAUCAAUUUGUAAUUUCAUAUUCAAGAAAAGCAAUGAAUGGUACGCAGAAACUGCCUAGCACUGACUGUCCUUUGGUGCCAUCUAGUGGUUAACCCGCUGCACUUGUUUCUCCACUGACUCCAAGGUGAUGAUGAUGAAGGCAGUUAUUUUGAGCUACAUGUUUCAAAAUACUGUUUACUUUAUGUCAACUAUUCGUUCAAAGGUAAUAAAAGGCAAUUAAUUAAGCAUUAAAAGUGAUCUUGAAAACGUAAUUGUGUGUGUUGGAUGAUCUGCAUGGAUUGUGUUGUUUUUUUUUUUUUUUUUGCCAUUGUUGCUUUUAUGAGGUAGGACAGCUGUAUAGAGCAUGAAAUGCUGGCGGGAGAGUAUGGGGGACGACAUGCGACAAAGGGCCGAGGUCGGAUUCGAAUCCACGGCAGCUGCUAUAAAGACUAGACUAUGUACAUGGGGCGCAAAACAUUACCGAUAUAGGCUAUUGGCGCCCUGUGGUGGAAUUCUUUGACAUUCAUUCGAGUCCAGCAGCACAUCUCUGGUUCAUAAGUAAUGUAAAGUUCAAAGUUUAUUUUACAGGAAGUGUAUCUCUGUAAUUAGCUCGUAAUAUGUCCUCAAGAGAAAUAAACACACAUUUGUAAUUCA